AUGUCGUCCGGCCCGCUAAAGCGGCCUCGCGACGCGCGCGAGGAGGAGCAGCAUGUCGACUGGGCGAUUGCGGCGUCGCUCGCCGAAGCAGAAAAUGAGCAGCCUGACGCUCUGCUGCCUCCGGGCCACUGGCACUGCGUGCGCUGCACGCUCGUCAAUAAGGCCGAGUCCGGCCGGUGUGCUGCGUGUGAGGCCGACCGCGAGGCGCCCUUCACCGCAGCAGCAUGCGGCGUUGCCACUACUCCACCGCCGCAGAGGUGCGGCCUUCCAGGCUGCAACCGCGGGCGCCUGCACCAUGGCUUCUGCACCGACGACCACAAGCAGCGAGCGGAGAGGCGCGGCCUGCUCGCGCCCGCGGCGCCCGGCGUUGAGAGGGUCUUUGUCGGCUCCACGGGCGAGUACGCCUGCGACCUCUUGACUCGGGCGUCGCCGGAGCGCUCGAGCGUGAUCGAGCAGUUCACCAUCGCCUGGCGCAAGCCCGGCACCGUACCUCGCGUCGAGCGCGUGUACGCCAUCCGCCCGCCGCCCGCCCUCAGCGAGCGUUUUGCGAGGCACCUGGCCGCCGUGGGCAACGAGCGGCGGCGCUUCCACGGCACGGGAGCCACCUGCGACUUUGCGGUCGACCUGAACCGCGCGCCGUGCAACAGCCGCGGCUGCGCGCUCUGCUCCAUCCUCGGCCACGGCAUCUCGUGCCCUAGAUACGGGAUGCAGCUUGUUCACGCAGGCUUCUUGCGCGCGCACGCGGGCAGUGGGCCCAACGCGUCGAACCGCGCCGCGCUGCGCUACGGGCCGGGUCUGUACUUUUCGUCCACGUCGGGAAAGUCGAAUGACUACGCGACGCACAGCGAGCGCCUCCGCGGCAGCCGCCGCUGGCGCACGAUGCCACCGGACGGGUACGACUCGAUCGUCGGCGAGGUGGGAGCAAACCUAAACUAUGACGAGCUGGUCGUGUACAAUGAGGCCGCGGCACUGCCCAGAUUCCUGCUCGUCUACAGCUCAGCGCGGUGA